GUAAAAAUCCGGAAAUCAGGCACCUGCUCCAGCUAAAAGUGUGAGAAAAUACAGUUAUCUGACAGCAGACAGAUAAGAUUUCCUAAAUUAUUAUACUACGAAGUAUUUUAAAAUCUGGGACAGAAAAAUAGAAAUGCCAAGAAUUGUCGAGUGUGUUCCGAAUUUUUCGGAGGGCAGAAAUAAAGAGGUGAUAGAAGCUAUUGCCAACGCUAUUGCCUCAACAGAGGGAUGUAAUUUACUGGAUGUUGACCCAGGAGCCUCCACCAAUCGUACUGUGUACACAUUUGUAGGGUCACCAGAGGCCAUCGUAGAGGGGGCCCUUAAUGGAGCUAGGGUGGCUUAUCAGGCUAUUGAUAUGAGGAGACACAAAGGUGAGCAUCCCAGGAUGGGGGCGCUGGAUGUGUGUCCAUUUAUCCCCGUACAGAACGUCACUAUGGAGGAGUGUGUGGAGUGUGCCAAAGAAUUUGGAGAGAAACUCGCACUAGAACUCGGAGUACCAGUUUAUCUGUAUGCAGAAGCCACAGAGAAUCCAGACAGGAAGUCCCUACCAUAUAUACGACAGGGAGAAUACGAAGGACUGCCAGAGAAGUUAUCCCAACCGGACUGGAAACCAGACUUUGGUUCACCCGAAUUUGUACCGAACUGGGGAGCCACAGUAACUGGUGCCAGGAAUUUCCUGAUUGCUUACAAUAUUAAUGUCCUUUCUACAAAAGAACAGGCCCACAGAAUUGCCCUCAACAUCAGGGAGCAGGGCCGGGGCAAAGAACAGUGCUAUGGAACUGGGUUUGAUGUUGAAGGGAACUAUGGGACUAAAUGGCAAUACCAGCCUGGCCGAUUGAAGCAUGUACAGGCCAUUGGGUGGUACCUGGAGGAGGCCAAUAUGGCCCAGGUGUCGGUCAACAUCACAGACCACGAAGAGACCCCCAUACACAAAGUCUACGAGGAGGUCAACAAAGACGCAAAGGAUUUGGAUCUAGCAGUGUGUGGAUCACAGAUUGUGGGUCUGAUUCCACUAAAGGCCAUUCUACAAGCUGCGGAGUACUACAUGAAGAAGGAGAAUUUAUUUAUUCUGGAGGAGGAUCAAAAACUCAGACUGGUAAUUAACAGACUAGGAUUAAACUCCUUAGGACCAUUCAGUCCCAAAGAGAGGAUUAUUGAGUACAUGAUCUCGGAUGAUGCGGAUGGUGGGCCCCUUGUAUCCAUGGACGUCAGAGACUUUGUGAUGACUGUGGGGUCACGGUCUCCCUCCCCUGGGGGUGGUUCUGUGUCAGCCCUGGCAGCAAGUCUUGGGGCCUCCCUUGGUAGUAUGGUGGGGUUCCUGACCUAUGGAAACAGGAAAUAUUACGAGUUGGACAGUAAGAUGAGAGAACUGAUCCCCCCGCUGUACAAAGCCAUGAAAGACCUGAUGCAGUUUGUGGAUGCUGAUGCCGCAGCGUAUAGUGAAUAUAUGUUGGCAACAAAAUUGCCAAAAGAGACAGAGGAAGAUAGAAUGAUGAGAGAUUAUGCCAUGCAGGAAGGUCUGAAGACAGCAAUACAGGUUCCACUCACCGUGUCUAGAAUUGCCAAUCAGUUAUGGCCGACCAUCAAAGAGUUAGCUGCUAUCUGUAACAUUAACUGUAAAUCAGACCUGCAGGUUGGAGUAAGAAUGUUAGAAACUGGUGUAUGGGGAACAUUUUACAAUGUAAACACUAAUCUAGCUGACUUAAAGGACCCAGAAUUUACAUCUCAGGUCAAAGAAGAAAUGUCUGCUGCCAUUAAAUACGCACAAGAAGAAUGUGCUGCAAUAUUAAAAAUCCUUGAAGGACGAAAAGAGUAAAAAACAAAUGUGUUCAAAACGAAACUGCAAUAAAACCGUCCAUUGUUGUGUGCCUGCGGAGGAAGUUUGAUUGUUUAUGGGAUUUUAAUCAGAUGUGUGAUGUAGUUUUUAGGAUAUCUACUAGAUACUAGGAUAUCUAGUAGAUAUUAGGAUAUCUAAUAGAUGUAAGAAAUAUAUAUCAAGUAGCUAGAUGUUAAGAUAUCUAGAUAUCAGGAACAGUUGUGUUCAAGAUAUAGGUUUUUAUUUAUUUGAUGAAAGUUUGUCCAAUAUUACUCUGAGAAAGCUUUAUGACAGAUCUGGAAUUUGAUUUUUUAUUCACGGAUUGUAAGAUUUGGUUCAACCUUUCUGCAUUCAUUAUUUUGUCCAUGUUGAAAAAUGUAAAAAAAAGUUCUUUAAUCUCAAGGGUACAUUUUUUAAAAGAAAUUUGUUGAAAAAAUCUAAACCUCCGAGUUUUGAUUAGAAAUUGAUUUAAAAUUAAAUAUAUUGCCUCCCACUUAAUUAAUCAAAUUGAAUUCAUAAGAAUUAGCCAUAGUAACAAAUAAAUUUGCUUGCAUGACCAACAAAGAUUUACCUUUUCUGUAAAUGGGGAGUUUAUUUGCUGCUUUGGGGUAGCAUCAGUAGUGAGAUUUGUUGCUUUGUGUGUUGUUUCUUGCCCUGGGGUAGUUGACAUAAUUGAACCUUCAGACAUAGUCCAUAUGUAUAUUUUACUUAAUUACUAGUAUGUACUUGAUAAUGUUCAUAAGCACAUGCAUGUACAUGAAGAACCUGUAACUUUUUGGUACUGUUCUUAUGCUUCCUUAUGCCUUUGUCACUUGCAAAGCUGACAUAAAGCAUUUGUGUUUUUUUUAUUUGUAUGUUAUUGACAAUUGUCAAUAUGCAUUUUCUCCCUUUUGUAUUAUUAAAGAGUAGAAUUGUGCGUGGCACUUUUUUUGUACUAAUAAUGCAGUGUGAAAAGGUUUUCCCAAAUUUAACCCAUUGUACAUAUUUUGCUUUAAUAUGCGAUGAGAAGCUUUUAGUUUUUUUUAGAAGUUGAAAAAAAAAACAUUUACAGUUUUUAGACACAAAAAGAAUUUUUCUUAAGACAAAUUGUGAAAUCCAUUUUUAUUUGCAUGCCAACAAAUGAAAGUCAUUUAUCCCUUAAAAUAUUUUAUUUUCUCUCAAACUGCUGUUUUGUUUAUAGUUUUGUUUAUAGAUUUAUAUCUGGUGAUUGUUAAGCAUUGUUAUGAUAGCCUGAUAUUUAUUUUAUUGAUGAUG